GCUAAGAAAAACCGCAAAAGUCACGCGUUGAUUCCAAAUCUAUAACCUUCAACGAUGGGAAAAAGUCGCACAUACAUACCUCACCCAGAAGCUCCAAAGAACUUUCUUGCUGAUUUCACAAAAAACCCCCUCCACAUACGUACAUAUCGAGACGAUUUUUGAUUGAUCGCCAGAAUUAGGGCAAAUCGAGGGCGAAUUUGAGGGUUUUGAAGGAUUGCAUGAUUUUGGGGUUGUGAUGAUGAUGACAAACGGCGGUACCCCCUUUGAAUGGCAUGAUGAUGAUGAUACUGAAUUAGGCGCGGAUGAUGGUGCGCUGAGCAUGGACAUUGAAUCGUUUUUAAGUAUUCUUGACGAAGACCGUCCCGAUGAUUCUUCCCAGAGUGGAUUGGUGGAUCCUUCUUUAAGCAUUGCACUCUGUAACGAGUCAGCUUCAAAUGUUGGUGCUAAUGAACAAUCCCAAAUCCAUGAUGAUCACUCAGAAGCUUCAGCUUCUAGAACUGUUUGUUCAAGUGGUUCAUCUGAUUGUGAGAGGCAGACUGUUAAUUAUGGGUUGACAAAAGUGGAGCCUUUGCCAGCUGUCUCCUCCAUGCACUUUCUCCCUGCUGAUUGGGGGAUGCCAGUUCCACCAAGUGAUUUUUCAUCAUCUAGGCACUAUGACAAUAGGGAAACUAACUUUGAGAGAGCUACUGAAGGUGGGAGCUUCGGUAUUAGUGAUGAUGAUGGUAAUCACCAAUUAAUGGAUAAUUCUGGGAUAACUGAUUUUGCAAACCUUUCUACAACACCAGAGGUCCCAUUUAUUGAUGUAAGUGGAUAUUCUGACCUUCUCUGCAGCCCAGAUGGUGAAUCUUCAAGGCUAUACAGAAACGACCCAUCUGUGAUUUAUAAUAAUGGAAUGUUUUUUAGUGAUAAGAUUGCAUCCAAUGAGUAUCAAAACUCUGGUAUUGAGCAAUAUGCAAGUGCCAAAAGUGGCAUUGCUUGUUUACCAAGCAGUGAAAGCUCAUCAGACACACCUGCUAAAGUGUCUACAAAUGGAAAUCAUUUCUCUGGUAAGAUGCUAAAUAGAAGACAAAUUGUUUCUAUAAUGGAGAGGACAAACAAUGGGCCCUUCUCAAUGAACAACCGAUCAGCAACAUCACAUGAUUUUUCACUUCCCACAUUACCCCGUGUUGUGCCUUUUUUAAGAAAGGAUCAUGUUAUGCAAACACCUUCACAAUCUUUUAUCCAUCAUGAUACUUCAAUCAAGAAAGAGAGUAAAUUUGCUGCAUUUAGUAGUAUGGGUUCUAUGCCUCCAAAAAUGGGUCAUGUUACAUACAUUGAUGUUGAUGAUCCUGACAUAUGUAUUCUAGAAGAUAUGAGUGAACCUGCACCCAGGAAACCUUCUCCAGUGGAUUUGAGACCACCUAUCCAUAGGUCUUCAAUUGGUGUUCCUCCAACCCACAUGGGAUAUAACAAUGCAAGGAUCAAGGCAAAUGAUGAGCAGGUUAUUUAUCGGGUUGCAUUGCAGGAUCUUUCCCAGCCAAAGUCAGAGGCAUCUGCACCAGAUGGUUCAUUGGUGGUUUCACUUUUGAGACAUCAGCGAAUUGCCUUGUCAUGGAUGGUACAGAAAGAGACUAAAAGCAUGCACUGCUUUGGAGGAAUCCUUGCUGAUGACCAGGGACUUGGUAAAACUAUAUCAACAAUUGCUCUUAUUCUAAAGGAAAGGUCUCCAUCUUCUAGUGUCCGAACCACUGAAGUGAAAAAGAUAGAAACAGAAACUUUAAACCUAGAUGAUGAUGACGAGGAUGAUGAUGUCACUGAGCUUGAUAAAUCCAAGAAAAAAAACAAUUUGGAAAUUAAAGGGAGUGAGACUCCAAUCGAUCUUAAAAACACUUCUUCUUUGACAAAAAGUAGGCCAGCAGCAGGGACUCUUGUUGUAUGCCCUACCAGUGUUCUUCGCCAAUGGAAUGAUGAGUUGCAUAACAAAGUAACAAGCCAAGCUAAUCUCUCUGUUUUAGUCUACCAUGGUGCAAACAGAACAAAAGACCCUUCAGAAUUAGCAAAGUACGAUGUUGUCCUUACCACAUAUGCAAUUGUAAGCAUGGAGGUUCCAAAACAGCCACUUGUUGAUGAAGAAGAAGACGAAACAAAGAGGCGAAGUGAUUACCCUCCUGUUGGGCUUUCACCUAGUAAGAAAAGAAAAUACCCUCCUAGCUCUAAAAAAGGUUCUAAAAAGGACAAAAAGGGUAGUAUGGACAAUGAGCUGUUUGAGUCUCUUGCACGUCCUCUUGCCAAGGUGAGGUGGUUUAGGGUGGUUUUAGAUGAGGCACAGAGUAUCAAGAAUCACAGGACACAAGUAGCUAGGGCUUGUUGGGGACUUAGAGCUAAACGUAGGUGGUGUUUAUCAGGGACUCCUAUUCAGAAUGCCAUUGAUGAUCUUUAUAGUUACUUUAGAUUCUUGAGAUAUGAUCCGUAUGCUGUAUAUAAAUCAUUCUGCUCACAAAUCAAAGGCCCUAUUCAAAGAAGUCCUGGAACUGGUUAUAGGAAGUUACAAGCUGUCUUGAAGACUAUUAUGCUUAGGCGCACAAAAGCUACACUCCUUGAUGGAGAACCAAUUAUCUCUCUUCCACCCAAGACCAUUAAUCUCAAGAAAGUGGAAUUCACAGCUGAGGAACGAGAUUUCUAUUGCAGGCUUGAAUCUGAAUCCCGGGCUCAGUUUGCAGAAUAUGCAGCUGCUGGAACUGUGAAACAGAAUUAUGUAAACAUAUUGUUGAUGUUAUUGCGCCUCAGACAAGCUUGUGAUCACCCUCUACUUGUUAGAGGAUGCAGUUCAAACUCUGAGUGGAAGUCAUCUCUUGAUAAGGCCAAAAAACUUCCUCCUGAAAAACGAGUUCGUCUCCUAAAUUGUUUGGAAGCUUCAUUAGCCAUUUGCAGCAUAUGCAGUGAUCCACCUGAAGAUGCUGUGGUGACAACUUGUGAGCAUGUCUUCUGCAACCAAUGCAUUCUUGAGCAUCUUUCAAGUGACGACAGUCAAUGCCCAUCUCCAAAAUGCAAAGUCAUCCUCAACACAUCAUCAGUAUUUUCAAAAUCCACCCUCAGGAUUUCUCUCGGUGACCAUAACACCCUUGAUUCUUCUACUUCAGUGAAACCCGAGCCUCUCGAGCAGUGUUCAUCAAGUGGAUCAGUUAGUUCAUCAAACAUCGAGGCUGCUGAGGCACUCGAUUCCUCAAAAAUCAAGGCUGCAGUUGAUGUCCUUACAAAUAUCGCUAAACCAAAAGAGAUUCAAUGUUCAAAUGAUUUAGAUCUUAACGUGAAAGAAACCGUGGUUGUGAGAGAAAAAGCAAUAGUUUUCUCACAGUGGACAAGAAUGCUGGAUUUGCUUGAAGCUUGUUUGAAAGAUUCUUCCAUUGGUUACCGAAGACUCGAUGGGACCAUGUCUGUUCUUGCCCGAGAUAAAGCUGUCAAAGAUUUCAACACUCUUCCAGAGGUUAGUGUUAUGAUCAUGUCUUUGAAAGCUGCAAGUCUUGGAUUAAACAUGGUGGCAGCUUGUCAUGUGCUUCUUUUGGAUUUAUGGUGGAACCCAACAACCGAAGAUCAAGCAAUUGAUAGAGCUCACAGGAUAGGCCAGACUCGUCCGGUUUCAGUUUUACGGUUGACUGUUAAAGAUACGGUUGAAGACCGCAUAUUAGCUCUUCAGCAAAAAAAGAGAGAGAUGGUCUCGUCUGCGUUUGGGGAGGAUGAGACUGGUAGCAGUCAGACGCGGCUGACAGUGGAUGACUUAAAAUACCUAUUCCAAGCAUAAUCAAAAUCAAGGUUCUUUAUGGUUUUGGUUUCCCUUGAUAGAUAUAUCAACCCGAGUAAAUACUGAAUAUAAUCACUGCUUUCAUGCCAUCAAUAUAUAAUGUGGUACAACAAAUACAAAUACAAAUACACAUACAACUUUGUUUUGUUGUACUGAUUAUAUCAACAUGGUUGAUGACAUGAUGCAAGUGUUGUGUUGAGUAUUUUCUCUUUAUCUUGGAAUUUGACUUACAGUAUAUUCUCUUUAUUAACAUAAGCGGAAUUGAUUACAGUUGAAAAAAGGUUUUUCUUGAUAGUUGUUGGUUAGGAGGAUUAUAGAAAGAUUGAAUUCAUUUUGGAAAGUGUUGCUAAGUUGUAUAGAGAUAUGGAUAUUUGAACUCAAAUGGUAUAUUUACAUCAGGUAAAGAUAGCGGGUUUUUGGGUGAACA